ACUAUAUAUUUGCUAUACCUUCUCUCUCUUGAAACGUGUAUCACUUCAGCGACAUCUGUGAACAAAAUAAGUAUUAUACGUAAACAAAAACAAACUCUUCACUGGCUUUGACUAUUAUCGAAACAGUUUUAUUGUGUAUUCCGGCGAGUUAACAUCGUAGCUCUCUAUUUCUAAAAGUGAAGACUUCAGAAUCAAUAUUAUUUGAUCGUGCUUUUUUAACGACUAUUUUAAUAGUACCACGGAUUUUAGAAUAGUGUUACCGUCAGCCCGUGGAUCUCCAGAUACAGCAACUUCUACGUGAUGAGGUUUGAGCGAAUAGUUUAAACAAUUAUUCUAGUUUCUCUCGAUUGAAUGAGGCUUAAAAAAAAAAAAUUUUUUUAAUGAAUUUCGUCGACUUUUUUAAUAUGGCGCAAAAUUCAAAUUAUUAUCUACAACAUUAAUUGUCUGAUCUAUUUACAUAUAUAAGAUUAUUAUUACAAAUAUAAAAUAUAUUAGAUUUUUGAAAAUACGUUCGAACGAAUUUUUCGACAAUAUUUUACUUCAGUUUUAUUCGUAAUUUUGUAAUGGAAAAUAUAAAACAAGAUAGAACAAUCAUCCGAUUUAAAUUAUAUUUAUUUUGUCCUUCGAGGAGAAGUGAAAUAAAUAUCAAUACAAUCUCGUUGGAAUUAUCUUUCUUUUCCAUUUAAAGUGCAUCGGGCAAUCGGUUACUUCCGCAUUAUUGCGUCGCGUCGCUUGUGAAAAGAUGUUGUGUAGAUUUGAUAAAAAGUCUAGCUAUGAAUUGAAUUAGUUUAUUAAGAAAAAAGUUUAAAGAUUAAUUUAGUCGCAGGCGGCGAUGGAAAUUAUACAUCAUUUUGGUCGAAUAGAAGAGAGACGAAGCAACGAUUUGUGAAGAUAAUAUCGGGAUGGUUUUGGAGGAAGCUGAAAUAAUAGAUACGGAUGGUAAUAUAGAAAUUACAUCGGAAGAUGAUAAUGUUCAAUAUCAAUUUUGUCAAAUAAAUAGAAAUGAAAGUACUGUGGCGUAUCGUGUUGUACAAGUUAGUGAUAAUCAUUUAGACAAUAAUGAAUUAUCCUUAACAACGCCUGUAAAUAAUACUGUACAAGUUUUAUCUUCCCCAAUAAAUGGACAGUUUUAUUUGUUGAGUAGUGGUAAUGAAGUGCUUACCUCAGAUUCUGCGAGGAAUGUAAUGCCUCGCGUUGCCAAAGUACAAAUAGAAACAUCUGAGAAUCUUGUUCCAGGUGUUAAAAAAAGAGACGAAAGAAGAAGAGUAACGCAUAAUGAAGUAGAAAAGCGUAGAAGAGACAAGAUCAAUAAUUGGAUCUUCAAAUUGGGAAAGCUUCUACCAGAUAAUGAAAAUGGCAUUAGCGGAGGAGAUAUAAAAGCUAAUUCUGAAUUGCAAAGCAAAGGUGAUAUUCUAGCGCGAGCAUGCGAAUACAUAACGGAAUUACGAGAGAUUCGAGAAAAGUACACUCAAAAUUUGGAAGAGAAUACACAGUUAUUAGAGGAAGCCAAAGCUCUCAGACAAGUUGCGACUCAAUUAAGAAAAGAUAAUUACCAAUUAAAAUCACAAUUAUCCAAUAGUACCAAUUAUAUACUAGGUACUUAAUUAUUAAGUAUAUUCUAUGAUAUUUGAUACAUUCUCUUUUUUUUUUUUUUUAAUUUUUACCAAUGUGUUCCAUAUUUUUUUACACUAUAUCUACAGGACGUACGUACGUAGUGCAACGUAGUACAAUAAAACGUGACUGUAGUAAUUACAAAAUGUUUAUUUACACGUAUUUAACUCAACAAUACUUGUAUCUGAUAAAUGAUAAAUCGCAAUUAUAUAGUUAUAAAUUCAACUGUACAUAUAUACUAUAAACAAUAACUAUAUAUAACGCGAAUGAUAGAUUAAAAGUUGGAAAUUUAUUAUUAAAUCAUUAAAUCAGAUGUACAAAUAUACAAAACAUUACAUCAUAAUCAAUAAGUAACUUCGUUCGAAUGUUACAUAUAACUAAUUUGAAAGUUACUUUUUUUUAUUUUAAAAUGCGUUGAAGUUAUUAACUGGUAGGUCUACAGUAUUUACAAUUGUAAAAUACAUCUAUUUAUGUACAUUUAACAGAGCAACAUGUUCAGUAUUAUUUUCUUAGUUCAUUGCCAUGAUAUAUCUAAGUAUGUUGAUAAUAACAAAAUGAGCUUUAUAUUUUUUUCUCCUUAAAUAUGCACAUACAGUUAUCAUUAUCAAAUUUAGGGGAAAAUAUAUAUAUAUAUGUAUAUGUAUAUGUAUAUAUAUGUAAUUUCUAGUAUUAUUAUUGCUUCAAAGCACAUUAUUUUACUUUUUGUAUGUAGCUUGUAUUUCCGAUAUAUUCGCAUUAACAUCUUGUACUUUAUUGGCUCUAAGCAAUAAUGACAAGAGGCUUCCAAUAAGUACAAGAGAUGGAAUGAUAUUUAUAGUUGCGUGUCUCUAAAUAUUUUUUAGAUUUUUAGAACGUUUCAUCGAUAUUUAAGAUGAUAUUGAAAAUAAAUAAUCGUCGAAAUCAA